AUGCCACGUAAGCUACGUAAGAAUAUACGUAAGAGGAAGGGAGCAUUGAAACAUCCAAUAGUAAAACUGACACCACAACAACAGUUGCAACAACAAAUGAUGAAUGACCCCACUAUGUUGCAACAAAUGUCAAGCAACCCUAUGCUUUUAAACCGAGUUAUUGGUGCACAGAGUGGAGGUUUAAGAGCGGCACUUUUAGCGAAAAUGGCAGGCUAUGGUGGAGCUGCAGACGGAACAGCUUAUAACCCUCAAAGUCAAAUGAAUUUGAGUUCACUCAAAAAUCAAAUAACAGAUGUCAAAAAGUCAAACAUAGACAUACAGAAACAAAUAAGUGAAAACGAAAAGAAACUAGAAUAUGACAGACAGACAAAGAAACUAAAUGA